CUUGCCAAACCCAGUUCUAUUCUUGCGCCUCUAUUCUCUCUGUUGCUCUCUUUCUACUUACAAUAUAAUACUACUGUAAAAUGUAUAUUCCGACUAGACCAUAACUCCAGGCAGUGACAUUUUAAUUAACGCUAUGAUGUAUAAGUGUGCAAUCAUGAAUGAAGAGUGUGAUUCAGUAGUGGUAGUUAAAGCAAAACCAGUUCGCAAAGUAUUUAAAGCUCCAUUCAAGAUAAAUAAAAUCCCUGAAGAUAUCUUAAAUGAUCAGUUAUUAAAUGCAGCUAUUGCUGCAUUACCUUCUAAUUAUAAUUUUGAGAUACAUAAAUCAAUAUGGAGAAUUAAAGAGGCAAAAGCAAAAAGAGUUGCAUUACAAAUGCCCGAAGGACUUUUAAUGUAUGCUACAACUAUAGCUGAUAUAAUAGAAGAGUUUACAGAAGCAGAAACAGUUAUAAUGGGAGAUGUUACUUACGGGGCAUGCUGUAUAGAUGAUUAUACUGCAAAAGCAUUAGAUGCAGAUUUUUUAAUUCAUUAUGGACAUUCAUGUUUAAUACCGAUUGAUCAGACAGUUGGUAUUAAAGUACUUUAUGUAUUUGUCAAUAUCAAAAUUGAUACUUUACACUGUAUUGAAUGUUUACAAGCUACCUUACCAAUUACAACUAAAAUAGCACUUGUGAGUACCAUACAGUUUGUAAAUACAUUACAAGCAGUCGCACUGGAAAUGAGAAAAAAUGGUUAUGAAAUAUCUAUACCACAAAGUAAACCAUUAAGUCCUGGUGAGAUUUUAGGUUGCACAGCACCACAAAUUCGAUGCGUUGAUGCAAUUAUUUAUGUGGGAGAUGGUCGAUUUCAUUUAGAAGCAGCAAUGAUUGCUAAUCCAAAGUUACAAGCAUUUCGAUACGAUCCUUACGAAAAAAAAAUGACACAAGAAUUUUACAAUCAUGAAGAAAUGCUAAAAACUAGAUUAACGGCGACCGAACAUGCAAAAGAAAGUAGUAGAUUUGGAUUGAUACUUGGAACUCUAGGAAGACAAGGAAAUAUUAAUGUUCUGAGAAAUAUAGAAAAUAAAAUUAAUUCACUAGGAAAAGAAUACGUGAUUAUAUUACUCUCAGAAAUAUUUCCAGAUAAAAUUAAAUUAUUUAAGGGUAUCGAUGCUUUUAUACAGGUCGCGUGUCCACGGUUGAGUAUAGAUUGGGGUACAGCAUUUGAAAAACCAUUUCUUACACCAUACGAAGGAGCUGUUGCUUUGAAAAUGGUCAAUCACAACAGUGAGAAACCAUAUCCUAUGGAUUUCUAUGCUUCUAUUAGUCUUGGUCCAUGGACUCCUAACUAUAAGGAAUGUGAUUUAGAGAAACAAAUUGAUUCUUGUUGUGGUAAAUGUAAAGAUAAAACAUAAAUAAUAAAAAUUAAUCUAAUCUAUUAUUAUGAA